CGUUUCAUUGUCCAGAGCAUCAUGGCAGUAUAAUUUGCAUUGACACAGACAUCUUUGUAAUCACCAUCGAACUCAACGACGUUAUCAUAGGAAAAUUAAUUUUUUGGUCACAAUGAACAGUUGUUAUCCUUUUAAGGUGAACGAGGUGUUUGUACAGGCCGUCUUGAAAAGGUAUUUGUACGUGCACUGGUGCGAGAAGUUCUCCGGUCAGUGUUCGGUGACAGUUUACAGCCCGAGGCAUCGGCGUGUCCGGAGUAUGCUGCACGAGACACACCAAUAUCAUUUCGCCUGUUUCGUGUUGAACCCCGAGGUCGAACAGUCUGCUUCAAAGAAAAAGGCAAAAUGGAUUCCAGCACUCGCUUUCCUUUUUGCACUACAACAAUGUUGUGUUUGCUAGUGUUGACAGUUGACGCCCAGACCCAAGUCACCGUCAACAAUGGAGUUCUAGAGGGUGUGAGAAGGACCGUCGAGGGAUUAACUUGGGAUGUCUUCUACGGGAUUCCCUACGCUAAGCCUCCUGUGGGGAACCUGAGGUUUGCAAAGCCGGAGCCGGCGGAAAACUGGACGGGAGUUCGCAAUGCCUCGUGGUUUGGCAGUGGGUGUGUCCAAGAGAAAAGUCCCUAUGUCAAGUUAAUUGUUCCGUUAUCCGAAGACUGUUUAACAUUGAAUGUGUAUUUGCCAGGGAUGCUAGACAACAGCACAAAAAAGGCAGUGAUGUACUUUAUUCACGGUGGCAGCUAUUAUUACGGUGGUUCUUUUUCAUACACUUUCGAUGAGCUGGGUUAG